AGCGCGAAAUUUUGUAGCGUUUGCUGUGUUGUUUUCGCUUCGGUUUUGUUUUAUCAGUUCCGAAUUUGAGAAACAAUGCAGAACAAUGCGGGAUUCGAUUUGGAAACGCUGACGAGAUCGGACGGCACGCCUUUCGUACAGUGCGUCUUGGAACUGAUCGCGAAUUCGCUGGCCGCGAACGCCGCUGCGAUCGCGAUAAGGAUUCACGUGGGGAAACGCGAAGUUCACGUUAUCGACAACGGGAUCGGAAUAUCGCAAAGCGCGCUUAAACGUAUAGGCGAGUACGACGACGAUAAGAAACCUGUAGUCGGCGAAAAACGAAAGUACGAGUUGAACAAGUCGAGCGGACGAACGCUAACGAAUAUACGGAGCUCGUCCGAUGGUCUUACCAUCGCUUCGAGAUACCGAGAUUCAACGAACACAUUUAUGAAGGUGUUGGAAAGACGAUCUGCGUCGUACUUGACGCAAAUAGAACACAGACCUUCGUCCGGCACGACGGUGUCUGUUUACGGUUUCCACGAGGCAUUGCUGAAUGACAAUUGGAACAUGUCCACUCUUUGUUUCUUUAUCAUGGCUAUAGCCGUUACAAAAGUGAAUGUGUCGUUUUCCAUCAGAGACGAAAAACGGAAGAAGGUGGUUCUGAGAAUUGCCAAGCCGCACAGCUCGGUGGACGUGUUGAGAGUGCUGUUUGGAAAAAAUUUAUCGUUAAAUCACACGUGGUCGAUAAGAUGCGACUCGGAACGCAAUUAUAACGGCUACAUCGGAGUGUCGGAGAAAAACGCGAAGCAGUGGUUAUUUCUAAAUCACAGACCGAUCUGUUGCCCACUUGUUCUCAAACUGAUUAAAAUCGCGUUUCGAGAGAGAAUUCGAAAAUUCGUUGCGCGAGGCGCGCGCGAUAUGUUCGUUCUCUUCUUUAUCGCACUCGCGCCGGACGAGUUUACGUGUUUCACCGAAAACGGGAGAAGAUACGUUAUGUUUUGCGAUCUGCGAAGGAUAUUGAACAACAUCAAGUCCUGCGUCUUUAAAUGUCUCGCAGAGAAAGGCCCCGCGAGGCAAUUGCAUUUGGAGCCGGAAAUAAUCAAGGACGAUGUAAACGAUGGACCGAAGAGAAGUGUCGCGGCUUUGAGAGGAAAAAAAUUUGUUAUAGUCGGUGUUAAAAGAAAGAAGGUCACUACAACGGUAGCUACCGGUCGCUGUAUUGACUUGCAGCGUGAAGAUAACAGCAGCGCUACCGAAGCUAAAGUCGCGAAAAACUGGAGUCCGAUAAAAACCGAGUCGGACAAGCGAUUUAAUCACGAAAACAAUCCCGCAAAUGCGAUUUCUCCCCUUUCCGAGUGGUCCAAUUGGACUUACGUCACUAAGAAUCGCAAUUCUGCAAAAAACUCGCGUGACGAAUUUUUCAAAACCGACGUGCGGUCCCGAUUUUUCAGACUUCCGGAUCAAUUUGACUUUUUGCCACGAAAGUUACACGGUCUUUUGCAAUACCGUCACGUUAAAUUGACGAAUGUGACAUGUUUCAACAGUUCCAAAACCAUGAUCUCAAUUGACGAGGAAAAUUGGCAACGCGAACAAACAGCGGUGCACCCUUGCAAUUUGAAGCGAAAAUUAUGCGAAUUCAGACUGUCACGCGCUUCAUUGAAGUGCGCGAAGAUCGUUAAUCAAGUUAAUGACGAAUUCAUUGCCGCGUGGACAACACACGGCGAAAUAAAAAUUCUGCUAAUGAUCGAUCAACACGCCGCUCACGAGAGAAUACGUUUUGAAGAUUUACUUCGACGAUACAAAGUGCAGAACGAGGACGAGUUUCUCUCCGUCAGCUUGCGCGAACCUUUGACCGUGGAACUUCCCGCGAACGUGUGCGAUUUGCUUCUGCGCGACAAAACGUUACUGAAGAAAUAUGGAAUAAGCUUGGGAUCGUCGUUCGGAAACAACGCGCUGUUGAUACGCGCGGUUCCACGGUGUUUGGUCGCGAAUAACGACAAUAAAAAAAUUCUGUCAAAGAUUCGCGGUCUGUUGAGCGACGUAUUGAAGAGACGUGAUGCGACGAAUUGCGCAAAUAUAUUGCCACUGACUAUUCACAACGCUAUAGCUUCGGAAGCUUGUCACGCCGUUCUUAAUAUUUUCGUAGGUGCCAUUAAAUUCGGCGACAAGCUAACUUUCGAACAGUGCGCGUGUCUCGUGGAAUUACUGAGAUACACGCAGUCUCCCAAUCGAUGCGCACACGGACGACCGACCGUGAUACCUCUGAUGGAGCUUUCGGAACUGGAGAAAAGGAGCGUCAGGACACCUGAGAAAAAAUUGAACUUCGCGUCGCUAAGAAGAAAUAAUUGAAAUAAAAAAACGGGGUGAUUAUUUACAAGAUUUAUCAUUAGAGUGUAUAAUCAUUGUUACAUAAGUUUGUAUUGUUGCAUAAGUUUUUUAUUUGUCGUAUAAGUUUUUUA